CUUCUGCCCUUUUUACUUUCAGUUCCUGCCGGUGACAGGAUGAGCGGCCGCCGCCUCCGGGAGGUCCCUCUCCUGCUGCUGGUUUUAAUUAGCAUCGAUGGAGCCUUUUGCAGAAACAUGUCCCCCUGGCUUGGUACUGAUUCCAAGUGGCCACAAGUAAAGAAAAACUUCACUAAGAGAGAGGUGAUGUGUCCCCAAAACCAGCACCCUGUAGGGAACAUCUGCUGCCAGCUGUGCCCUCCCGGCACAAAGAAAGUCUCUGACUGCCAGGUGGCCGGGGGCCAUCCGCAGUGCACCGGAUGUAUACCUGGGAAGGAUUACACGGACCAACCUCACUACCAUAAUAAAUGUCUACGGUGCGGCCUUUGUGAUAAAGAACACGGCCUGGAAAUCCGAGAGAAUUGUACCACCAUUCGAGACGUGAUUUGUGGAUGUGCCAAGAACUUUUUUUGCAGCACUCCUGUGUGUAAGCUUUGUUACCCCUGCACUCAGUGUGCACACGGCGUCCUUGAGGAAUGCACGGAGGGCAGAGAUGCUAUCUGCCAGGCCCAAGAGAAUAAAUCGUUCUACCUCCUGUUGCUGAUCCCAAUCCUGGCUAUAGUCUUUGGCAUUAUUUGGUACUGGAGAAGAAAGCACCAAAAGGAUAUCGAUAACUUAAAACCUGAAUAUAAGGAAGACAUUCCUCUGACUUAUGCAGAUAUUGACUUGAGUAAAUAUAUUCCACAAAUUGCUGAGAGAAUGGAACUCGACCAGGUGAAAAGAUUCGUCCGGGAGAUGAGAAUAAGCGAAGUCAUAAUUGAUCGAGUCAAGCAUGAUUACGUGAAUGACACAGAUGAGCAGAAAAUCCAGCUGCUCAAACACUGGUACCAGAAACAGGGCAAGAAGGGGGCAUACAGAGAGCUCCUCCAGGGGCUCAAGAAUAUUGGACUGCGAGGGGUUGGUGAGAAACUACAGGAAGUCAUCAAUGCCCACUCAGAGAAUCAUCCAGAAAACGGAAACUCCAGCCUUCCCCACAGCUAAGGCCCGGCCUCCAAUUAGGGAGUCGGGGAGCCCUGUGCCUAUUCAAGUAGCUCCAGAAAUAGUGAGGAGGAGUGGGGCAUCAGCCCUCAUUAAGUAGUUUGAGGUGCAAAUGCAACUUCUUAGGCCAUAGAUAUUUAUACAGGAAUAUGUCCUAGGUACUCUGGAAAGGUCUCUUCUGCUCCCCCCUGCCCCAGUAAAAAUCCUUUCCUUAUUUCUGGAUGUUGCCUGCAAUUCUACCAUUACAACUCUGGCCCUGCCUUCUACGAAAGGUUAAAUGCCCAAAGAAAAUUGUGGCAGCAUGGACCUACUUUAUCUUAUAAUUUAUUUUUAUUUACCAUCAAGUGGGCGAACAACUGGAGUCAUUAAUAGACCCACAGAUUUAUAACUGUGCACCCUUUCAAGCCCCCUUUCCACCUAUCUUGACCAUCGGGGGAGGACUGAACCUUCACUGGAUUUAUUAAAGCAGCAUCUCCUCCCUCCUGGUGAAAAUUUAGGAUGUAAAAAGGCAGAACCUCAAGGAGAUUGGCCAAAUGGAAGAAUGGGAAAAAAAGCAAUUGCAUUGCGUUCUCCCCUACGACAACUAGCAAAGACCGAGGAAGAAUGCCAGAGGGAAAAGUGAUUAGGAAAUAUAAAAGAAAACACAGCGAGAUAUUUUCCUAGGAACAAAAGUCAACCGGCAGUUGUGUCCUUCUGACCCCAGAGGUGAGUUAAGGAUAUAGUGGACUGAGGGGGGAGCUGGAUCUGAUGUGGCCAUGGUCCAAGGCCGGCAGUAGCCGUGUGAAGGGUUGAAGAUUUAGUCCUGAGCCUGUAACUGAAUAACUGGAAAUCUCAGAUCAAAGUGGAACCAAUAGUUCCAUCACUCUGACCUGCAGGAUCUUUCAACUAGCUGAUAGGGACCAGAAGUCUACUGGAGCCCCAACCGAAGGAGAGCCAUAAGUUGUGUUACCCAGAUUCCCACUGAGUUCUGGAGUUUACAAAGCUCUGUUGAGGAAGGCAGCGAUCAGACAGCUUUGGGGACAUUGAAAGUUAACAGUGUCCUAGACUGAGCUGCUCCUGAGAUCCCUGAAGUAGUCAGCAUCCAAAGAAGGAACAACAGGUCCCCAGAGAAUUGGGGACCAAACAAGUUUCUAAUAUUCCCUCCAGAAACUCAUAAUCUGGUCUUAAUACAAAGUCCUGAUUCAAGAAGCAAUUCUAGAAGAACGGGCCAACAAAAACACACAAACUGAAAAGAAGAUAAUCCAAAACAAGCAAAAGUUUUUUUUUUUAAAUGCCCAAGACAAGAGAUCAAAUAGAAUUCUUGGAUGAAAUAAAGCAUGUCACCACCUUCCUGACAAAAAAAAAAAAUCGACAGGCUCAAGAUACAGAACAAGACUGAUAUUUGGGGGCAUGGCCAACUCAGGGAUGUGCCUAAAUUAGCUGUGUAUAUUUGUUACAAGGAUUUUUUUCUUUUGUUUUCUUUUUUCAAUGAAAGAAAUAGAAGAG